AUGGGUGUGUUCUACCAUGAAGAGCCACCAAACCAACCCAAGAGUUGCAAAUACAUUGCUGCAACUCUUAAGGAAGUAUUUUCUAGUUGCCAAACUUUUGGUGCACGGCUUUCAACUUCAAGUUUUGAGGAUGAGUACCCACUGAGCGAUUUUGACGAAGAACAAGAAGUAUUUAUCGCAGCAGUGAUAAACCGCACAAUGGAGAAACAGAAGCAGAAGCCAAGCGCGUUGAGACACAGCUAUUCCUGGGUAUACUCUCCUGCAACGAAAGAACUUUACGUGACUCAGGCAGUGGCUCCGCAAGAAAAGGUGGAGGGUGAUCAAGAAAAAGACGAAGGAGAAGAGUUUUUGUCUGUCAAAAGUUGUUUCUCACGGUGUUCGAGUUCUCCCAGUGGGGAAGCAUUCUAUUCUGUGAAGACAAACCUUUCACGAUGUUCAAGCCUCAACGACCUUGACCUGUCAAAACCUUGGAGACGUUCAGUGAUUGAGGAGUUUCGCCACUGCGAGGGAUGGCCCUUUGGUCUGUGCCGCAGAGCCGUGUUGCUUCCACCACUGCCCAAGUCACCUUCUGAGUCAUGGUUAUCGCGUAAAAUGCAACCAAGUACUAAGAAGCCAUGA